GUCAUAGGUUCAGUUUUGGUAUCAAUGUUUAGUGAAUUGUGAAAAAUGUCGGAUACAUUUUGUGUUUUCAAUAUAUUUCCAUAAAUAAUUGUCCGUAUUGUUUUAAUAAAUCAUCAAAAUCGACUAAGUUUGAUGAAAUAUCUAUUCUGCAUUUAAAGUAUAUUGAUAAGCUACUUGAAAAUACGAAUUUUUAUUGUGUAAUGAAUCCCUACGUCAGCGUUUGUUUGAUUAGUUGAAUUCUUACAAUGGAUCAAGCACAAAGUAGUGCAUCAGGAGCUGCUUUCCACCAGUUGAGCAUUACAAUUGAAUCAGCUCACUUGAGACUGAAUACUCUACUGAAACCAACACCUUACGUGGAGAUUUUAGUGGAUGAUAGAGCUCCGCAGAAGACAGAAACUGUCAAAACAAGCAGUUUACAACCCAAAUGGAAUGAAACAUUUACAUGUUUAGUUACACCACACUCAGAAAUAGUGUUUGCAGUUAAAGAUCAUAAUAGCUUUAGGAAGGAUACAAUCAUUGGAGAAAAAAAGGUUGAUUUGUUCAUGUUAUUGUGUUAUUUUAAUGGAAGAUGUGAUAAUCUUGAUGUAACUCUGGAUUUGUUAAGUGAAGCUAAACAACCUGAUUCACCAAUUAAAGUUGGAGAAUUGAAAUGUUUCAUACAGGGAUUAAUAGUUGAUAUGGCUCAGUUGCGCUCAAAUGAAUCUUUACCAUUGGGACAGAACAAUACAGAACCAAGAAAUGUUUUGAAAGGUAUUAGGGCUCAAAUUAGAAAUCAGGGAUCUGAAAAUAGGAUGCCGACAUCAAAUUCUUCAACAUUGUCAGCUAGAAACAGUACAGAAAGAUUAGAAGCAAGAAGAAAUCAAGGAGUAGCACCAAUGAGUUCUUUAUCUGCAUCCAACAGUUCAACCAGUAUACCUAAUGGGAGUAUUGGUCCUCCGGUGACAGUACCAAAUGGAAAUAUUGUUCAGAAUGAGUCUGAGGAAGCUAGAUCAGAUUCAGAUCCUUUACCACCUGGUUGGGAACUCAGAUUUGAUACUUAUGGUCGUAGAUACUAUGUCGAUCAUAAUACUAGAUCAACAUCUUGGGAGAGACCUCAGCCUCUUCCACCUGGAUGGGAAUUAAGACGAGAUCCUAGAGGUCGUGUGUAUUAUGUAGAUCAUAAUACAAGAACAACAACUUGGCAAAGACCAAACUCUGAAAGACUACAACAUUAUCAACAAUGGCAAGGACAGAGGCAACAUAUAGUUUCACAAGGAAAUCAAAGGUUUUUGUAUCCUCAACAUCAAGCUGGACCAGUUGCAGGACCUUCAGUUAUUGCUGAUGAAGAUGAUGGCUUAGGACCUUUACCAUCUGGAUGGGAACGCCGUGUUCAACCAGAAGGUCGAGUAUAUUUUGUGAAUCAUAAGAACCGUACGACACAGUGGGAAGAUCCUAGAACUCAAGGGCAAGAGAUAAGCGAAGUAGAGGAGUUACCUUUGCCUCCUGGUUGGGAAAUAAGGUAUACUGAAGAUAAUAAAAGAUAUUUUGUGGAUCAUAACACAAAAACUACUACAUUCGACGAUCCCAGGCCUGGAGCUCCUAAGGGACCUAAAGGAGUCUAUGGAGUACCAAGAGCUUACGAAAGAUCUUUUAAAUGGAAGAUAAGUCAAUUUCGAUUUUUGUGUCAAAGUAAUGCCCUACCAAGUCAUAUAAAAAUCCAAGUUACUCGCCAAACACUUUUUGAAGACUCCUUCCAUACUAUCAUGCGAUUACCUGCAUAUGAACUUCGUAGACGUCUCUAUAUCAUCUUUAAAGGAGAAGAAGGAUUAGAUUAUGGUGGAGUGAGCAGAGAAUGGUUUUUCCUAGUAUCUCAUGAAGCUCUUAACCCAAUGUACUGUUUGUUUGAAUAUGCAAACAAGAAUAACUAUAGUUUGCAGAUCAAUCCAGCUUCAUACGUUAACCCUGAACAUUUGACCUAUUUCAAAUUUAUAGGCAGAUUCAUAGCAAUGGCCCUUUAUCACGGUAGAUUCAUCUACUCAGGAUUUACGAUGCCCUUCUACAAACGUAUGUUGGGGAAAAAACUAGUAAUGAAAGACAUUGAAAGCAUUGAUCCCGAAUUUUACAAUUCUUUGGUAUGGAUAAAGGAAAACGAUAUAGACGAUUGUGGCUUGGAAUUGUUCUACAGUGUCGACUUUGAAGUUUUAGGUCAGAUUGUACACCAUGAGUUGAAGAAAAAUGGUGAUAAGGAAAGAGUAACUGAAGAAAACAAAGAAGAAUACCUGACUUUGAUGACUGAUUGGAGAAUGACUAGAGGUAUUGAACAACAAACUCAAGCUUUUCUAGACGGUUUCAAUGAAGUAGUACCUAUUGAAUGGCUAAAAUAUUUCGAUGAAAGGGAAUUGGAAUUGUUGUUGUGUGGUAUGCAAGAAAUCGACGUCGAAGAUUGGCAAAGGCACACCAUCUAUCGCCAUUACACAAGAAACAGUAAACCAGUUGCAUGGUUUUGGCAGUUCGUCAAGCAGUCUGAUAACGAAAAACGAGCCAGAUUGUUGCAGUUCGUAACAGGUACAUGUCGAGUACCAGUAGGUGGUUUUGCUGAAUUGAUGGGUUCUAAUGGACCUCAACGCUUUUGCAUAGAAAAAGUUGGUAAAGAAUCUUGGUUACCACGUUCCCACACGUGUUUUAAUCGUUUAGAUUUACCUCCUUAUAAGAGUUAUGAACAAUUGGUAGAAAAACUGACGUACGCCAUCGAGGAGACCGAUACGUUCGGUCAAGAAUAAUCAUUCUUUCUUCUAAUAACACUGUAUCUGUACCUGAUUCCGACAUAUAAGUCUUAUUUCCAUCUAAAAGUCUUUUGUUUCUGAACAAUAUUUUUUCAUUGGGCGGGGAAGUAUGUUUAGAAAGUGCUAAAGAGUUCAUACAAAAUAAGUAAUUUAUCUAUGAAAUACUUGAAAGAUUUUAAAAAAAUUAUUUAAUUUAUCAUUGGUACAUUAAAGGUGAAUUCUAGUGAAUUGGUUAAAAUAUAAUGAAGAAAUUAAGAAGCAUCUAUUCAAAUAGAAUUUCAUAUAUAGGAAACCACAGUCAUAAGGAAACAUUUUUUAUAAAUGUUGUCCAAAAAAUCCGAAAUUCGUUGAACAGCUUUAUAUUAAUACAAAAUAAAUUUAUUGAAAUCCUACAAAUUCUUCUCCAUGUUUUUGUUAAUUAAUUUUAACCUCAAAAAACUGGUAGACCCCGCAUUACCUCAACUUCUCUUCUAUUUUUUUAAACUUAUUGUUACUACGAAUCCUUCUCUUUUCCAUUAGGUCAUUUACGCAUUAGAUUCGGUUUGUCUCCCAAGGUUUCAAUAUCCCAUUGUUUUAGAUGUUUUGCCCUAAAUUUUUCCGCUAGUGUCAUCCUGCAUUUUGAUUAUUAACCUUUUUUUUUCAUUUUUUUAUGUGGCGUAAAUUCACUAAAUUUAUAUCCUUUGUUACUCUAUUAAUUAUUUCCUCUCUGUUCACCUGUCAAUUCUAUUGGCCAAUAUUGCACCAAUAAUUUUUUGAUGUAUUAGAAUUGAAUUUAUCUUCCGAGGCUUUCUCUUUCUUCCGUCCUUUGAAAAGUUGAAUGUUAUAGUUUUUAUUGAAAAAAAUUUCCUCCCAGUAUUUUUAUGGUAUCUUUUAAAAUAUGUUACAUUUUUCCUCAUUUUUUGAUUUCUAAACAUAUUUAUUUCGUCCCGGUUUCCAUUUUUAUAUACUCUCCCAUUUCCUGAUAUUUUUUCUUAUAUACUUUUUGGUAAAAGAAAAUGUUUAGCUCCACAUAAAUACAAUGAACAAAAGAACAAAGGAAAAUUGUUAUCAUUGGAAAAAAUGGUAUAGUUUCAAAGAAGAAAGUGGAAAUGAUUCAAUAGACAAAGAAGAAUCGUUAAAAGAAUUAGAGAUACAAGAGAAAAAUAUUUGAACAGAAUGGAUAAGAAUAUAAGGAGGAUUCUAUCACAAAUAGCAAAAAGAGGAAAUUAUUGCAAAUGAAACCAAUUCUUCGUAUAUACUGAAGUAAUAGCAAGAGUAUGGAAAUAGUAUUAUCAAGAAAUAAAAUAUGAAGACAAAAAUAAAGUUACUUAUAACUUCAAAGGCACUUAAAUGAAUCUAAUAAACAAAAAUAUGAAAGAAUGAAUGCAGGUAAUAAAAUUAUAUUUUUAAAUAUACACAUUUGUAAUCAUUUGAUAGAUUGUAUGAAUUCUUGAGCAUUUAAAAAUUUGGGUUAAUGACUGACUUAAAAUUAUAAAACAAUAUUUAAUAUAAUCUUGUUUUGUUUACAUAGCAGAAACAAAACUUGGUGCCACUUAUUAUCACAUAUUGUUGGAAUUUUUUUGUCAUACUUUGAACAUUAGUGAUUUUUCUGUAGAUCCUAAUACAAUCUCAACUAUCUCGUAAAUUAUAAAAUAUUAUAUAGUGAAACAAAAGCAAGUGGAACAGAUAUUUACUAUUCUGCUUAUUUAUUAAGCAGUUUUAUUAAUCUCAGCUGCCAAAUAUUUCAUUCCAUUCAAACUUAAUCAAAAGCUGAGGAUAAUGUGUGGAUUGGAAAAAAUAAGUUUAUCGAAAUUAGAUAACGACUGAAAGUUGUUUAAAACCUAUGACUGAUAACAAAAAACUUCAAGACUAAAAAAAUGGAAAUAAAUAAGAUCCGAUAAUUUACACACGUGUUUCAGACUGGCUCAAGCAUAUCAGGUCAGGAUGCGAUUAACCAAAAUGUAUUUUUUAAUUGUUAAUUUAGAAUUCGGCUGUAAGAAUAAAAAAAUUGAAGGCUAAUUUUUCUUUGAUCUCACUGUGAUUUUGCAUAUGUCGUAACAGCAACAUUAUUUUAAGAGUCUAUGGUUUGGUUUGGGGUGUUUUCAAAAAUGAAGGAAUUUAAAUUAUUAAACUUCUUUUACUGCCUGUAGAAUCAAUUAUACCUUAUAUUUUUGUCUUUUAUCUAGACAUGCUUGAAUCUGGGCCAGAUGUUAAGCAAUAACAACCAUUAGGAUAGUUAGUUGUGACCUAAACAUUAAAUUCCUCUUUUAAUCCUUUAUGCAGAGUAUAACACAUUUCGAUAUCUUUGAGUUGCCUACUAUAUAGAGUAAUGAAGAAGUAUAAUUUUUAGUUUCUAAAAACUAGAAACCAAAAGGUCAUUAACUCUUAUUUAUCUUAGUACAAAUAGAAUUGUUUGAAUUGACAAUGGAGUUGAUGUUACAUUCUCAGGGACAAAUGUAACUUGUUAUUCGUCGUCGUAUAUAACCAAGAAUGUAGUUUUUCCAUCAAAAUACGUCACAAUCCUGUUUAGAAAAAAUUUGUUUUCAAAUAUGUAAAAGAAUCUCACAUCUAUACGGUAGAGUUUAAACAGUACAGGUCAGUCGGUAAAACCAAGCAUUACAAAGUAAUCAAUUCAGUGACAUACUUUAGUGUAAAAACAUUACCAUGCAUAAAAUAUAAGACUGACCCUUACCUUUUACCCAUGUGAAACUCUGUAUUUAAGGUAUUUUCUGAUGGAAUUGGGGAUCUUUAAAAAAUUAUCAACUUUUGAUUGAGUUCUUGUGUAUUAAGCUGACUAUAAGAAUAAUUUAUAUGACGGAACAUCUUUGGGAAAGACUCAUUGUUAAAUGUGGGUUAUUUCGGAAGUAUUUUCCUUUUAUUUUAACUCAGGAUUCACUCCAUUUAGCUGUUUAACUGUAUUUACUUAUAUGUGAUAUCUAGUAAUAUAUUGGCCUAUCUUUGGUAGUGAAUGUAUUUGUUACUAUGAAAAAAGUUAGCAGAAUGCUAAAAUGUCGACAAAUUUCUGGAUAACUAGGGGUAAUAAGCAGAAUGACAUUAGAAUUCUACAUCAGAUAUUAUUUAUGGAAAUAUUUCUGUCGUCGAUAUUUUGUAGUAACAAAUUUUGAUGUAAAUAUCAACUGUCCAAAAGUAUAAAUAGCGAUUAUUUUUUCAAAAUAUCAUCAUCAUUAUAUUAUUCAAAUCAAAGCAAAACAUUCCCGACUAAUAAUAUUGAACUGUAGAGUACUUAGACUCGAUGGAGAAGAACCAAAGGUUUUUAUUAUUUGUUUUCUAUAUACUGUAUUUUCAUUUAUCGAUAUUUACUGUAUAUUAUUUUAAACUCUGAUUGUAUAGUAUGUAAAUGAUAAAUUGUAUUGUAUGUAAAUAUCAUGAGUGUAUAUAUAGAACGUACUAUAAUAAAUUAUGAUUUAUUUCAGUGACAA